AUGAACCAAUUACUCAGAAUCAGAAUUCAACAGAUACAGGAUACUGUCUCUAUUAAACCUGCUAGCACUAUAGCCUAUUACACACCAACAGAAAGGUACAAGUAUCAACCUGAUACUAAAUGA